AAGUAAAACAUGGCCACAAAAAAAUAGCAAGACCAAAAAAGUCAAACAAAACAAUCGACUCCAUUUAAAAUGGGUCGUCGCGUUCCUGCUCACUGGACAGGAGAGGCGGCGCCAGGUCACCCUCGGGUCGCUCGCUACGCCAGCGCGACUCACUGUGCAAAUCUACGAGUCAUCGCGGAUCCUCCGUAGUUCUCGUUUCGAAUCAGGCUGGUUCGUCCAGCGAGAUGCCCCCCCUCCCCCCCUCCGGUUCCGACCUGCUUGCAGCCUGCCUGCGCCCGCCGACUCCAGCGCUCCCUCCGGUCAGUCGCUACCCCGGGGUCGCGAUGAGAGGCAGGCGGGGCUGCAGUCUGUGAUCGCCUAGAUCGACAUGCCCAGCGGCUCUCCGCGCACGAGCCCGAGCUGGUCCCGCAGCUGCUGAGUCCUCGGCACGGCGUGGUCGUCCGCGCGGUCCUGCUCCGUCGCCGUCCUGGUCCCGGUCACCGAGCCCCAUGACGGCCGCUCGACGGGGCCCCGGUGGCCCCGCCCGCCCGCCUCCCCUGGGGCUCCUGCCCGCCCUCACUCUCGCCCUCCUGCUGGCGCGCGCGGCGUCCACGCCCUCCUCGUCGUCCUCGUCGUCGUCCUCACCGCCCAAGCAACCCGCGUCGGCGGGCGUGACCCAGGACUACGCCACCGCCCUGGAGGUGCCCACGGUCACGGUGCGGCCGGACAUCACGAGCCGCUCGCUGCAGGACGCCGGCGAGACCACUGCCCUCUCAGGUGACGGUCCACGGCGGAGGCCGCGCGAGGGCUGGGACAUGGUGGGCCCCGGGCUGCUGGUGGGAGGCACGCUGGCCCUCCUGGUGCUGGCCGCCGUCGGCCACCUCGCCAGCAAGGCCCUGCUCGCUUCCAUGCUGUCCGCCGCGCUGUCCGCCGUGCAGCUGGCGCGGCCGCCGCCUCCGAACCGUCCGGGAUAAGGGCGGCGCUGAGAGGUGCUGCUGCUGCUGCACCGGCCGGGUGCAUUGCUUCCAAAGCAAGAAUCUCCUCGACGGAUCAAUGACAUUUGACGUCGAUCCAUUGUCCUUCCUCAGUGCAGACUUAAGUGACGUAAUGCGCCCUGGGCGCUUGAACUCCUCUACACAAUCAUUGGUCUCGUGUGUCUUUAGUCCCAAGUGGAUAUUGGUGGGACAUUUUGAUUGGUAGUGGUAUUGACAGAAAAGAAGAUUUAGUAACUA